GAUCAGACAGUUGUCGAACUGCCAAGCGUUCGGUUGGGUCUUCAAAUUUCGAGCUACAAAGAAAACUAGAAACUCGAAACUAGUGCACAAUGGCUCCUGGUCUUAUCAUUGCCGCUGUGUCGCUUUGUCUGUCGCUGCUCAGCUGUGGCUCUGUCAAUGCACGCCAAGGAUAUGGACCGGGCGAACAGGAUUGGGGCUUCAUGGAUGUGCGCACAGGCGCCCACAUGUUCUAUUGGCUCUACUACACCACGGCCAAUGUGACCAGCUACACGGAGCGUCCAUUGGCCAUUUGGCUGCAAGGUGGACCGGGCGCCUCGUCCACGGGCUACGGCAACUUCGAGGAACUCGGACCACUCAAGCUGGAUGGCAGCUACCGUGAGUGGAACUGGGCCAAGGACAUGAAUGUCAUGUUCAUCGACAAUCCCGUGGGCACUGGCUUCAGCUACGUGGACAACUCUUCGUAUUAUACGACGACGAACAAGCAGAUCGCCUUGGAUCUGGUGGAGCUGAUGAAGGGCUUCUAUGACAAUCAUCCAGAGUUUAAGGCCGUGCCGCUGCACAUCUUCUGCGAGAGUUACGGCGGCAAAAUGGCUCCAGAGUUCGCCCUGGAGCUGUACUAUGCCAUACAGCGCGGGGAGAUCAACAGCAACUUGGUGUCUGUUGGCUUGGGUGAUCCGUGGACAUCGCCCAUCGAUUCGGUGCUCUCCUGGGCGCCGUUCCUCCUGCAGCUGGGCAUCGUUGAUCAGGAUGGCCACGACAAGAUCGAGUCGUCGGCCGCAGCGACCAAGCGAUGUGUGGACCGUGAGAUGUGGACACUGGCCACACUUCAGUGGAGCUCCACGCAGUCGGUGGUGUUGCGUGAGUCGAAGGGCGUUGACUUCUACAAUGUGGAGACACCCACCCUGGGCGACAAGUACGUGUUGCGGUCCCUGGGAAUGAGUCAAGAGGAGAUCAUGUACCGCACUUUGGUGCACUUUGACAUUGAUGAGGAUCGGGAAAAGCUGCUGGAGGAGCUGAUGCGUGGACCUGUCACCGAGGCCCUCAACAUCACCACAGGCGUCAAGUGGGGCGCACAGAGCAGCGCAACCUUCUCCUCCUUAAUGGGUGAUUUCAUGAAGCCCGCCGUGCACAUUGUGGGUGAACUGCUGAGCAACACUACCGUCCGGGUGGGUGUGUUCUCCGGCGGCCUGGACCUGAUCUGUGCCACACCAGGCGCUGUCAAUUGGAUUGCCGGCAUGGAGUGGACGGACAAGGCGGCCUAUCUGGCUGCUCCCCGUGUUGGCAUCACGGUGGACCGUGUGCUCGAGGGCUAUGAGAAGACGGCUGGCAAUUUCAGCAUGUUCUGGGUGAACCGUGCCGGACACAUGGUGCCCGCCGAUAAUCCAGCCACCAUGUCUUACAUUCUGCGCAAAUUCACCAACUUUGGUUAAGCGCCUGUCAA